GGAAGUGCGGAGAGAGGAGCCGGGGCUGAGCCGGAGGCGGAUGACUGAGAGGUCUAAGGUGACCUCCGGGGAACCCCUGGGGCUGGAAGGGAGCUGAGGGCCUGCAGGAAAGGAGGGACCUGCUCGGAAGUUGGCUCCUGCCUGAGUCGGGAACUCAAGUGGCGGAUCCCGCAGUUCUUCCCGCGCGUGGUGACUCCGGUGGCCGCGUCUGCACCCUAGCCGUGAGGAUCCGGAUGGCCGUGAGGUGGACCUGGGCAGGCAAAAGCUGCCUGUUGCUUGCGCUUUUAACUGUGGCCUAUGUCCUGGUGGAACUCUCGGUCUCCACUUUCCAUGCCUCCUCGGGAACUGGUCUUGUCUGGGAGCGGGGGCCAAGGCAGCUCCCAGACCCCGAGAAAAGGGUGGAGGACUGGUCCCGACCGCUGUAUGAGAAGCCCCCUGCGGAUUCCCAUGCACUUGGGGAGUGGGGGAAAGCCAGCAGGCUGCAGCUCAACGAGGCUGAACUGAAGCAGCAAGAAGAACUCAUUGAGAGAUAUGCUAUUAAUAUUUACCUCAGUGACAGAAUUUCCCUGCACCGCCACAUAGAGGAUAAAAGAAUGUACGAGUGUAAAUCCAAGACGUUUAACUAUAGGCGACUUCCCACCACCUCUGUUAUCAUUGCUUUCUAUAAUGAAGCGUGGUCGACUUUGCUCCGCACCAUCCACAGUGUUUUAGAAACCUCUCCUGCAGUCCUCCUGAAGGAGAUCAUCUUAGUUGAUGACUUGAGUGACAGAGUUUAUUUGAAGACACAACUUGAAACUUAUAUCAGCAAUCUGGAUAGAGUCCGCUUGAUUAGAACAAAUAAGCGGGAGGGGCUGGUUAGGGCCCGCCUGAUCGGGGCCACUUUUGCUACUGGGGAUGUUCUCACUUUCCUGGAUUGUCACUGUGAGUGUAAUUCUGGUUGGUUGGAACCACUUUUGGAAAGGAUUGGGGAGGAUGAAACAGUAAUUGUUUGUCCUGUUAUAGAUACCAUUGAUUGGAAUACUUUUGAAUUUUACAUGCAGACCGGGGAACCCAUGAUUGGCGGGUUUGACUGGCGUUUAACGUUCCAGUGGCAUUCUGUCCCCAAACAUGAAAGGGACAGGCGGAAAUCAAGAAUUGACCCGAUCAGAUCGCCCACCAUGGCGGGCGGACUGUUUGCUGUCAGCAGGAAGUAUUUUGAGUACCUUGGAACGUAUGACACUGGGAUGGAAGUGUGGGGAGGUGAAAACCUGGAACUGUCUUUUAGGGUGUGGCAGUGUGGAGGUAAACUGGAGAUCCACCCGUGUUCCCACGUGGGCCAUGUAUUCCCUAAGCGGGCUCCGUAUGCUCGACCCAACUUCCUACAGAACACUGCUCGGGCAGCGGAAGUGUGGAUGGACGGGUACAAAGAGCAUUUCUACAAUCGAAACCCUCCAGCAAGGAAGGAACCUUAUGGUGAUAUUUCUGAAAGAAAAUUACUAAGAGAACGGCUGAAGUGCAAGAGCUUUGACUGGUAUUUGAAAAAUGUGUUUUCGAAUUUACAUGUUCCAGAGGAUAGGCCAGGCUGGCACGGAGCUAUUCGCAGCAUGGGGAUCUCUUCCGAAUGUUUAGAUUAUAAUUCUCCUGACAACAACCCCACAGGUGCUAACCUUUCACUGUUUGGUUGCCAUGGUCAAGGAGGCAAUCAAUUCUUUGAAUAUACUUCAAACAAAGAAAUCAGGUUUAAUUCUGUGACAGAGUUAUGUGCAGAGGUUCCUGAGCAAAAAAAUCACGUAGGAAUGCAAAAUUGCCCGAAAGAUGGGUCCCCUGUGCCAACAAACAUUAUUUGGCAUUUUAAAGAAGAUGGAACCAUUUUUCAUCCAUUCUCAGGACUGUGUCUUAGUGCUUAUAGGACACCUGAGGGCCGACCCGAUGUUCAAAUGAGAACUUGUGAUGCUCUAGAUAAAAAUCAAAUCUGGAAGUUUGAGAACUAAAAGAGCACAACAGCACUUUGGCCCUGAGCUGAUGAUGUAUUCAGGAGAGUCAGAGAGCCUCAGUGAAGAUUGUAUGUUAUCAGACAUCAACCGGUGUUCAUCUGCAAGGGCUCUGUAUAAUCUGUGGUUCAUUUUGGUAUAGAACACUGAAACUGAUGCACAGAGAGCUGCUGUUUAAUAUUUGAAAGUGCCUCACUCAUAGGUCGUUUUAUUUCAGGGCUCUGUCAAUAUGGUUUCCUCUUCUUAAAGAAGUUGACUGUGAAUUGAGAUACACACAAAACAUUUAAGUGCCAGACUUGAUAUUAAAGAAUGUAAAAGUCCAAGUAAAAUAAGAUGAUUCAUGUUGAUGGGUAAGUUCACUGCACAUGUCAUUUUUUAACAAAACUCAUAAAUGUGCAGUUUGAGCUGUAGCUGUUUUGAUUGUACAUAGAAUUUGAAGUCCUUUAGCCAGCAUGUUAAAUUUUAGGUUUUGUUUAUUUUUUUGUUCUAAUUUUCAAAAAUCAGAUGGAAAUCAAAAAAAUUUAUUUUAAGGAGAAAGGCCUGGUUUAGAUACAUGUGUAAUUAGAAGAGGGCAUUAAUUUGAAUGUGAAUUUGGAGGUCUUUUUAACAGAUAGACAUCUUGAAAAAUUAUACCCACGUCUGAGUAAAAUGGGGUGGUCUUUACAUUCCACACUUGUAAACUUGAGCUGUUGGACUUAAAUGAUCUGUACUGAUACCUCUAAUCGCUCUUAUUUCGUAAGCUGUCCUGUCUGUGAACCUUUUUGUGUGUUAGAGCAUUUUCUGAUUGCACUUCUUUUAAGUUAUGAAUGUAUUAGAAAGAGACUCAUUUAGAAUACUGUACUUCCUUCCCUUUGUUAAUGCUUAAUCACUUAAAGUAAAUACAAUUGAGGCCUCUCUAAAGUUAAACCCAACUGUGUUUACUGAAAUGUGUGAAACUGAAAGUGGGCCUGGUUUUGCAAAGGCGGAGGGACUCUUCUGAGAGUUCUUGCUGAUUAGGGCAUUUCAGGAUGUAUUUUAAGAAGACUAGGAAAAAAGCCCAGCUCUACGGUGUUGAAUGCUGCCUUUUCAGCACCCAGCACUGAGCCUAGCACUUACGGUGGCUUUCAGUAAGUGGGAGAAUGACUAACUGAAUGAAUGAAUAGCGC